AUGACAAAAAAUAAAAUGAUAUCUUUAUUGGUAGGACAUCCAGCUUUAAUAUCAAAUAUUGAUUGGAAAAAAGAGUGUGUUCAGUUUCUUCUUCUUCAUUCAUUUUUUAAAAUCAAACAGCCAUGUGAUGAAGUACCUGAGUCUUCUCAGAUACCAACUGAAAUAUCUGACAAUAUAAGAGAAGUAUGUCUCAAAAGUUUCAUUCGUUCAUUAGAAUUUCUGUUCAGAUCAUCAUCUUCAAAAAAAACAAAUCUUCAGAAAAAAUGUGAAAUGAUGUCUUCCAUUCUUCAUUAUACUAAUACAAUAUUAAAUUUACCAGAUUAUUUCAUUCCUCUUAUAGACAUUAAUCAGAUUAAAGAAUAUUGGGAAGAUGUUAUUACAAUUACCAGCAAAUUGCAAAAACAACAGAAGAAGGAUGGCAAACUACAUGAAAGUUGUGCCUUUCAAACACUUUUUGUCUAUCUUGGUCUUCAAUUAUUUAUUGAUCCAUCUGAAACAAUAGAUAUAUUACAAGUUAGUGAUUUAAUAUUGUAA